AUGAUGCUUUCCCCUGUUGUCUUCCAUUCACCUGUAGCGAUCAUCACAAAAGAUGAAGAAGAAAAAGCAAGAAAAAUAAAAAUGUCAGAGAUCAUUGAGCGAUAUAAGGACAAAGUCUCAACUCUUCCGAAGCAGGAAAGUUGGAUGAACAAUCACGUGUACAAGUACCAAGGUUUCUGGUACCACCAAGGCUUUUGGUAUCAUUCGAAUGCUAGCUUCUCAGUUGAAGCAAUUAUGGCCACACAAGACGAUUUCAAAGCUAAGCCAACCGAUGUUUUCUUGGCCAGUCAUCCAAAAUCUGGCACAACAUGGCUUAAGGCCCUUGUGUUUGCCAUUAUGACUCGAACCAAGUUCAAAAGCGGGUUUUCUUCCAGUUCAACACAUCCGUUGCUUACUAUCAGCCCCCAUGAUUGUGUCCCUUUCAUCGAGACCGAGUCUUUCUUGAACAACCCUGCUUACGCCAAUGGCCUCAUGGCGACCCAUAUUCCUUACAAUUCAUUGCCUGAAUCUAUCGUUAGCUCUAAUUGUCGGAUUGUUUAUAUAUGUAGAAACCCUAAAGAUGUGUUUGUUUCCUAUUGGCACUUCAUGAACAAGGUUAGAGAUAAUGCAUCUGCUUCGAUAAAAUUGAAGGAUGUAUUUGAGAUGUUUAGCAGUGGCAUUUCCCCAGUUGGACCUUUUUGGGACCAUGUGAUUGGGUACCGUAAAGCAAGCCUUGAACGACCAGAUAAGGUUUUAUUCUUAAACUAUGAGGAACUGCAGAAAGAUGCAAAUAACGAGGUUAAGAAAUUAGCCAAGUUCGUAGGUUAUCCUUUUACAGAAGAGGAGGAAGCCACUGGAAGAGUGGAAGAGCUGAUAAAUUUAUGCAGUUUUGAGAAAUUAAAGGAGGCGAAUAAGGCAAAUAAGGAUGGAGAUGAGACAUCUAAUGUUUUAUCCAAUGAAUUCUUUUUCAGAAAGGGUAAAGUUGGAGAUUCCGUUAAUUAUCUUACGACGGAAAUGAUCCAAAUUUUGGAUGAAAUCACAAAAGAAAAGUACGAUGGCUUAGACAUCUCAUUUUAAGUGAACGAACAAGCUACUUCAACUCGUUAUUUAUGGAUGAUGGUUCGUUUUACCUGUUUCAGCACACGUUUCUUUGUUUGGUCAUCUGUUUCUAAUUAUCUUUUGUAAAAU